GUCUUGUUGUGCUGUCAACUGUCGAUUUAUUGUUGUUUAUUUAUAUUUUUAAUAAUCAAACUACAAUUACUUGCUAGUUACUACAUUAAUCUAUUGUAGGUAUUAACAAUGGUAAAUUAUUGCUGUGUCGCUGGCUGCGGUCGGAAUAGUAAAUCGAACAAACAUUUAAAUUUUUACAGUUUGCCAAAACAAAAGCAUCGACAGAAACAAUGGUUAAGGGCUGCUGGAAAGGAAGACUUAAUAGACCAGGACAUGGAGAAAUUACGUAGAUCGCUCAGAUUCUGCUCCCGCCAUUUUGAACCUUAUUGUGUAAAAAAUAAACAUCUUCAUGUAGAUGCUAUUCCAUCAAUAAGACUCCCAGGGUCACUGUCACAAGAUGAUGCAGAUGAACCAACAAAGCAUGAUGGGAUUAUAUGUGAUGUAUGCUCUGAUCCCAUUGUGGGAUUCCGUUACAAAUGUGUCUCAUGCGACAAUUAUGAUCUAUGCCAGAAAUGUGAGAUGCUGGAAGCUCAUGCAGAACAUUAUAUGUUAAGGAUACCUAAGUCUUUGAACUUUAAAUUAGCAGACAAUUUGCUAGAAAAAUGGCGACAGCUCUUCAAAUCGGAACAUGUCACAGCAAAUUGCGAUGACUUAGACUUUGAAAAUAAUUCAAGUGACGAUGAACCCAUAACAAAAUAUGUUAAAAACAGUGACAAUUGCAUUAAUCUCAGUGAAGACGUAAAAAGAGACAUCCAAGAUGAAAUAUCCAGAGCCGUGAAGUCAUUGAAAAAUAAACAAAUGAAUGCAGAAAAGAAACAAAAAGAUUCUAUGGAAAUAACGAUAAAUACAUCAAACCCAAUAUUCACACCUUAUUUUGCAGAUAACGCAACAAAUUUUGAAUCUAAUGCAAUUAAUAUUUCCGAAAAUCCUUCAAAUUUAAUUGACAUACAUACAUCAACAAAUGAAUCUGCUUUAAAGAGCGAGAAUAUACCGGAGAGUAUACCAAAUGUAUCUACAAAUGUACCAGAGUUGGUAUUUGCAGAUGUUAAUGAAAUAAAAUGUGAUGAUACAUCAAUUAAAGAUGAAUCUAUGCCAUCAUUAUCUGUGAUUAAUGCAAGCACAGAAACAGGUCAAAUGCAACCAGUACUGUACUUAAAAUUUAAUGAUGUUCUAACUCAGUUAAUGCUGAGUGGACCGGCUGCACAGCAUCAACCACCCAUAAAUGUCAACCCAUGUAAUAUAUUUCAAGGAAAUUAAAAAU